AUGAAAUAAUAUUUAAUUGCCUGCAGACCAUAUUAAAAAGUACCUUCAUUUUAAAGAAAGUCUUUAAUAUAAUUGGUAUUUAUUAAGGGUUUUAAAAUAAAACAUGUAAAAUAUUCAAUCCUAAAUCUUAAAGGCAGCCAAAAGUCUGAAUAUCAAAUACCCAGCAGCAAAAUCAAUCAUUGUUUACCAUAGAAAAAAUGUCAUCAAAUAGAAAUAAAACAUCACAUAUUAAAAUUCAUGUCAAUUUGCUCCAAUAGUUAAGAAGAAAAGUUCAAUUACUAUAAUAUCAACAAUAGGAGGUAGCCAAAUCACAUCUAAAAUACUUUUUCAAUAUGAAAUUCGAAAUGAUUCAUAAUAUAUUUUAACAUCUAUACCUUAAUGA